UAUUAUUAUUUUUUUAAAAAAUAUUGAUAUGAGGGCAAUAUUUUGAAUCUCAGUACAAUUUCGUUUUUGAGUUUUAAACUGAAACUACAAAGCAAAGCGGGGGAGAUGGUGUUGAACAGUCCUAAACUUGACCGCCGAGUAGCAGCAUUGGGCUGGUACUGACAGAUAAAUGUUUUUACCUUUCCUUUUCCUCUUUCAAGUCUCUCAAUCUCAAAGAAAUCCCAGCGAAAGUCUCAAUCUCAAAGAAACCCAGUUACCGACGAACGAUGUGACUCAUGUGAGGGAGAGAAUGACAUCUUCUUCUCAGCUCUGAGCUCUCAGCUCUUCUAAUCCCAAAGAGCUUUGCUUUUACUUCUCCGGACCACGGUGAGUAACCCAUCGAGCACCGGCGUCCCGCACCCGCAUCCGCUGUGCGAGCCCAUCCUCAGCCCCCAGCUCCCCACGCCCCGACCCGAACCACUCCUUCAAGAACCAGUUCACCGGGUGCACCUCUCGCGUCGGCACAUCGCACCCAAAGUCUCUCAGAAACCGACAUCCCGAACCGCUCACGCAUCGGAACCACCUGAAUUAUGGAGACAGCUUCUCUUAUUCAAGAACCCCAAAAGAAGCAGAAACUGAAUGAAGAACAAGACAUUGAUGGGAAUAGCAAAUGCUUAGUUAACUUACCUGAAGAGGUUCUUCGACACAUCAUUUCCUUUCUUCCAAUAGAAGACGCUGUUAGGACAAGCGUACUUUCUAAAAGGUGGGAAUACCUAUGGGCUUCUAUUCCCAAUCUAGAUUUUGAACGACCCUUGCCUGCUAAGAGAAUGCUUUUGAUGAAUUUUGUGGAAAGGGUGCUUUGUCUUCGUGACUUCUCUGAUAUAAAACGAUUCACUCUCCAUUGUGCUGUGCUACAUGAUGCAUCUCGUGUUAAUACGUGGAUCUCUGCAGCAGUACGGCAUAAUGUUCAAGAGUUGUAUAUUGACCUUGACAACUUCAAAAGAACAUUUUCAUUGCCUCAUUGCUUGUUUACUUGUAAGACGUUGACAAGCUUACACCUUGAUAUGCCUGAUAUCCUCAAACUUCCUGCUACAAUUUGUUUCUCAAAUUUGAAGGUCUUGACUAUUGCAAAUAUUACAUUUUGGGAUGAAUACUUGACCCAACAGCUUUUUUCUGGUCUGCCAGUCCUUGAGAAGUUGGAAUUACAAGAAUGCAGCUGGGAGGGUCUCAAGAAUGUGAAAAUUUCUGCUCCCAAGCUUUAUUCUCUGAGCAUAUAUGAAUUUAGUAUGGAAAAUUCCAGUUGUUAUGGAGAUGGUUGUCAUGUUAUGAUUUUUGGAGGUGCUCUCAAAGAGUUUUAUUACAGUGGCAAAUUGUUCUGUGACUAUUGCUUAUAUAACUUGUUCUCACUGAUAAAGGCAACUAUUGAUCUUAUCACUGAUAACAUCAAUAUGCAUAUCACAUCAAAUCGUGUGUAUAAGCUUCUUAUGGGGCUCUCUAAUGUGAAAUACCUAACACUUUCCUGGGAGGUGGUUGAGGCUCUAACAUAUGCAGCAGAACUCCUACCACGUAUUCCUAUGUUCAAUAACUUGAUGGAUUUGGAAUUGAAUUUCUGGUCGGUGGAUCUUAACUGUGCAGCACUACUGAAGAUAUUGCAAAAUUCUCCUCUUAUUAAGACUCUAAAUUUUUGUGAGGGGAUUACUCUGCCGUUGGAUUCUGAGAAAGAUGAUUGGAUACUGAACCCAGUGCCUCCAUGUUUCUUGUCCCAUCUUAAGUGCAUCAAAGUCGGCAAAUAUGAAGGAUAUGAGAAGGAGCUUUUUGCUAUAAAGAUUUUGCUCAAGUAUGCACUUGUCUUGGACGACAUAGUCAUAACUUGCUUAGAGCAUUUUGCAGGGAACUUGGAGAAGCUAGAGAAUCCUUACAAACAAUUGAUAGGGCUCCCUAAAGGGUCACAAAAUUGUAAAAUCAUUUUGGAAUGAGAUUUUCUUCAGCUCUUACUCUAGAAAAAAAGCCAUUAAUUCUUGUUUUUUGAAUGACGUAAAAGUAUGGCUUGUUGGCCUUAUGCACUACCUAGGUAACUUGCUGUUAUAGAAUGUGUAUAUUUGCAACCACAUUUGUUGAUAAUGAAACUUUGGUAUCAUCGCGACACUUUGUGA